AUGGUUUCUCUAUCCACGGCUUCUCGAAACCCGGCAGUAACGGCCACACCCGUACACCCCGAAUCGAAAAUGAUAGCGGCUUCGUCGCCCGUGUCAAUACUCAAAAAGUCCAAACCCGCACCUACGACGGCCGGCGUUAAACGCAAAAUAAACGAAAUGGACCUGACGCUGUCUCCUCCCUCCUCCGUGUUCUCCGAUCCGGGCCUUGACGCCCCCUCGGCCAAGAAGCGGCCCCGCGUCCAGUUCAAUAACGACGUCGAGAUGCGGGAGAUCGGUAAUCAGGCAAAUAUGUUAUCCCCCGGCACAUCAGAAAAAAGCCUUGCGGUCGUCCGGGAAGAGGUGCGCCGGGCGAUCCACCGCCAUGUCUCUGCAUCGGACAGCGAGGCAUACGACCGGAUCAAGGAGGUAUUCUCGGCGGAUCCGAAAAAGGCCCAUGAUGAGGUGAUGGCAUCGUACGACUUGCCGACGCAUACCGCUCUGAAACAUCACCUCCAAGGUCUGCUCUCGCAUGUGGCCUCAUUGGAUCGGACCUGCAACGGCCUCGUGCAGGCAGUCCUCAACAGCGAAUGGCUUGGUCGGGACGAGUCUUAUGUCAAGCUGUACAUCCGGUUUCUGGGGAAUCUGGCUGCCGCUCAGGGUACCUAUCUGGGUACCAUGCUGAAGAUGCUGGCCACUAACCUCGGCAGUGUUCCUCGCGGGACGGGCAAGCUCGUUGGGUACGCGCCCGUCCCGGGUUCCGAAAUCUACAAGCGUGUCCAUAUGGCUCUGCGCCAUGUGAUGCAGCUUGUCCCCGCUGGCAGUGGCACCUUGUCCCCCAUCUUGUCUCAGCAGUUUCCCUUCGAGACGGACUCGCCCAAGUCCCACAUCUUCUACACGCAAAAUCUCAUUCAAGUCGUCUCCUACGCUCCUGAACUCCGGUCCGAUAUCCUCUCCCUGAUCACUGAGAAGUUGGUCAAAAUCGAUGUUCAAAUCCAGGUGGAUAUGGAAGACGUCGAGGAUGAAGUCGGCGAAGAUCUACUACUUGAAGUCUCGGCUGAUGAGGAGGACGUGGACGAGGAGGAGGAUGACCUUGAUGACGAUGCCUCUUACGAGUCGGCCGACGCUGAGACUGAGCGCGUGCAGGGGAUCAAGGAAAAUAUCCAGAAAGUGGAUGGCAUGAUCGACAUCCUCUUCGAGUACUUCAACACCCCAUUCACAUCCGGCACUCUUGCUGAGAAGGAGAACACCCUCGACCUCCUCCUGAGCCACUUCCAAACCAUCAUCCUUCCCACCUAUAAAUCCCGCCACCCCCAAUUCCUACUCUUCCACUUCUCUCAAUGCUCUCCCGAACUGGUUGAUCGCUUCGCCGCAACCUGCAUAGGCCUGAUCUUCAACAAGCUGCAGCCGGGCAUCAUGCGCCAAUCCGCGGCCGCAUACCUAGCCAGCUUCGUCGCCCGCGGCGCCCACAUCUCUGGGGAUGUCGUGCGGGACGUAUUCGAUCUCCUCCUCAGCCAUCUCGACAAACUCCGCUCCGACUACGAAGGCAGCUGUCGCGGGCCCGACCUCCGCCGCUACGGGCCGUUCUACUCCACCGCGCAAGCUCUUCUCUACAUCUUCUGCUUCCGGUGGCGCGACCUCACCACCGCCGCCGUGGACGGCGACAGCGCCGAACAAGUCGACGACCUAGAGCCGAGCCAAGUAACCUUCUCACCGAAUAUCAAGGAAGUGCUACACAAGGUGAUCUACUCGCGCCUCAACCCGCUGAAAGUAUGCUCGCCCAGCAUCGUCACGGAAUUCGCCCGCAUCGCCCACCACUUCCAGUUCCUCUACGUCUAUCCGCUCCUCGAGACAAACAAGCGUCUCCGCGUGACGGCCUACCGCAGCAUCUCCACCCUCGCAGACCCGCGCUUCAGCGCAGUCGAGCGCGAGAUCCGCGCUGGCGAUAAUAUGGGCUACCAGCUCGAUGCUUACUUCCCAUUCGAUCCGUACCAUCUCCCGCGCAGUCGCCGCUGGCUGGAUGGUGACUAUGUCGAGUGGCGCGGGAUCCCGGGUCUCGACGGGGCCGAUGACUCGGAUAGCGAGGCCGAUGACGAUGGUGAGGACGGUGCGGAGGAUGAUACUGAAACUGACGAGGACUGA